AUGGCCCGCCAACGCGUCCACAAUGAGCCAUGUGACUCACAAGUCACCGACGACCUGUACGACACAGACGCAUCUUUCUCUGCAGUAGGGGAUGUGGAUGCUGACAACUUCCUUGACGUGGACGAGGAUGUAUCCAGCCCAGAGAGCGACGUGACGGACGUAGAGGACUUCACUGACGACGAUUUCAACGUUGCAGAUCAAGUCCACCUCUUCGCAGGGAAUGUUCAUCCGCCGGAAUACUACCAGAGGGCACUACGAGAGUUCAACAAGAGUGCUUUUGACAGCGGAAAUUACAGUCCUGGAAGCACAGUGCUACUUGACGCAAUCGAGAAGCAGUGGCGGACGUUCUGCACCGACGUAGUGGGACGGGAUCCCCAGACUUGCUUUGAGUCUAUUGAUAUCCGUCUCCUCUACAACUUUUUCGAUUGGUCCUUGAACCAAAUGGUUGGCAAGAAUGGACGGAAAAAAAGGGGAACGAAGAAGAGCAGUUCACUAGGCACAAAUUGGAAGGUCUUUCGUCUUGUGUAUGAGACAGCCAUGGCCGACGUUAGUAAAGCACUCUGUAACCUGACGCUAGACCACGCCAACUCGACCCCAUUCCAAAAGCAUUACCUGGGUCGCGCUGUUCGCGCAGACAUGUGGGGAAUUCUUUGCGGCCAGAAGCCGCAACAAGCACUAUUAAAACAAUCCUGCAGUAUCGGUCAUUCGAUGAGCAAGCGGCGGCCAGUAGAUCUUACUCCUGAGCAAGCGGUGUCUGUUAACACAGAUCCCAACGUGAGGCGGCUUAUAAGACAACUCAAGAACCUACGACUAGGGACGAAACAACAGAUCGAUGCACAGCAGGAACUUCGAAAUCUAAAGCAGAGACUGAAGAAGUUGCUCCUCCAAAAGAUCCGAGAAGACUGGACAGACGAGCAGGCCAUAGAUGACAUAGAACACUAA